CUACGGCACGCGCUGAUCUAUUUGUCCUUGCCUCAUCAUCGAUUUCAUCAAGGCUGAACCACUUCUUCAUAAUAACCCCAGGCCAGGAAGACAUAUCCAGUGCCGGUGCACACAGGUAGCCUCUUUCUAGGUAGUAAUAAAUCUUGGGCAUCAAUAUCACUUGCUUAAUUUCAAAAGCACAUACCCUGUCACGACAGCACCUUAGUUUGACCGACUUUUAAUCGUCUCUGCCUAUUCCGAACCCCUCCAGAACCCACGAAAAAAAAAAAGAAGGGACGAGUCACGGAACCCGAUGAACACUUUUCCAAUACUCUGAUAGUAGGCACCAGGCAGUUAACCUAAACAGAGCCGCAGGGUUCGGAGGAGAGACGGCAAAACUCAAUCAGAUUUAGAAAGGGAGAGAAAAAAAUCCUGCCAAGAAUACAGAAAGAAGCUUUGACGACCCCUGUCUCUCUACCUCCGCAUCACGGAACCCCGCCAAAAACCACCCGAAAAAAAAUGGCACAUAACUACAUCAUCCGCGUCACCGCGGGCACCACGCGCGAUGUAACCGAGCACAAGCUCGUCGCCGUCAACACGGCAGAGCCCCUCAAGAUCGAGAGCGAUCUGAUCGAGGCCCGGGUCAACGUACGCGUCAAGAACUACCACGGCCUACCGUACAACUCACCGGCCGACUCGCCGUACUUUGCCGCCGAGCCGCACGCCUACAACAACGACCAGUACAGCAUUGCGCUGAACUUCACGCUCAAGGAGCCGCCCGAGGGCAAAGUCGGGAAGGAGGCCGACGCCAAGGAGAACGACGACGACGCCGCGCCCGCUGACGAGGACCGGGAUCUGGGAGUCAAGGGCGGUGACCUGCAGUGGGGAAACGACUUUGACCAUCCGAUCCGCGACAGGCUGCCUCCCGGCUUCGGCACUGCGCUCAACAUUGUGCGAUGGUGGAUUGAUCCGGGAUUGGAGGGCGAUGCCUAUGCCGACUCCCCGUACCUCUAUGGUCCCGCGCUGAGCUCCUUCAACCAGGUGCGCGUCGGCCCUCCGUCCAGCGACCGCGUGCCCCAAGGCAAGGGCGCCGAUGCCGAAGGCAAAGAGGUCGGCCUCUGGAUCGAGGAGGGUGCCAAUGAUGAGGCCGGCUUUGAGAGCCGCAGGUCUACGGGUGCACCGGAUGAUGCAAAGGCCAGGAUGAAGUGGGCGCUCAAGGCGGACAGCAAGGAGAAGUGGGUUUGGGAGUACGGCAGGGAAUACUCGACCGACUUUUUCAACCCCUAUAUCGAUUUCAAUGAGUUUGCACUGAGGCUACCUGGCUUCCAUUUGCCCAUCAUGAAGUAUUGGGACGGACAGGGCGCACGGCCCCCCAAGCGCUCACACACGCUUAGAUACGUUCUCCGGAACCGCAAGACGGGUGACCUGUACCUGGCAGUCACUUUCAGUCUGUACCUCAAGGAGGAUGUCAACGAGGAUGGUUCGCUCAAGCCGGGAACCGUCGAGGCCCAGAAGAAGGACAGCAGAUCGAGGAUGGAUCCGAAACACGAGGACGAUCACGGAAAGCAUGAUGACAACGAGCCGCACGACGAGGACAAAUCGAUCGAGGAGGCAAGGAAGAAGUUGGGAGACGUCAAGGUCGACGAUGCUAGUCGCCCAGAUGAUGUGGAUUGAGCACAUUGCACGAUAGAUUUGAUCUAUGCUAGGCAGCCUCUUAUUGGAGACAGUCAAAUUCUAGAGCCUGUAUGAAGCUGGUCAACUUGGGUUCUAGGGGUAAUUAGAAGGACGAAAUAAAUUCACCGCGACUUACCUGCGCGGCAGUGACUCGGGUUUUGCUUUCAUAUUUUAUCAUUGCCCGAACAAGGUCAGCAAAGUCGGGCUGAACACCGUCCAAGAUGUCAUCCCAUGUUUUCCCUUGUAUCGUCUGGUACAUCCGAAA